AUGGCUAUAUAUAUAGUUGUCACAGUGGUGGAGAAUGGGGAGAAUAGGAGUGUGGGACAGAGGCAACUAUUAUGUCUUGGAAGAGCCUUACUAAAGAGAAGCAGCAUUCUUGUUUUAGAUGAAGCCACAACCUCUGUUCACUCUGCAACUGAUGGUGUGAUUCAGAAGGUCGUAAGCUGGGAGUUCAAAGAUCCUAAAGUUGUACAUACGGUAAUAGACAGUGAUCUUGUUCUAGUUCUCAGUGAAGGUAGGGUAGUGGAAUAUCAUACACCUGCUAAAUUGCUAAAACAAGCGGAAUCAUUCUUCUACAAGCUAAUAAAGGAGUACUCUCUAAGAUCACGAAGCUUCCUCAGCAAAUCCAAAAAUCAAAAUGCAGUUAUAAAGGCAUUUGUUAAUGCGUGUUACCUGGGUGUCAGGCAGAAUAACGGCAUCAAAAAAGUAUUUGGGAAGUACUUACCUGGAUGUGGGCAGCGUAACGACGUACGGGUGUCGGGUGCUGGGACCUCAGACGGCGUAGCGGCAUCAGAGAGCUUCGGAAGAUAG